AUGACUAACGAACCAACAAGAACUUUGAUUCUAAGACACGGUUCCAUUGAAUACGUCCUGUCUGUCCCUGCUUCGUCCUUCUUUGCUGCUUCUCAAUUGAAGGACCAAUUCAAGAAAAUUUUACCAAUUGCUACAGAAGGUUUUGCCGAUGAUGAUGAACCUGCAUCCGCUGCUGAAUUGUUAGGAAAAUUCUUAGCUUAUAUUGCUUCUUUGGCAGAUAUCGAAUCACAAUUUCAAGAUGUCUUAAAGAGUACAAUCAAUGAAUUUAAUAUCAAUUUCUUAAAUGGGAAUGAUAUACAUGUACUUGCUACAGAUUUAUUAAAAGAUACAGAUAAAUUCCCAACUACUGUAUUGAAAGUAAAACAAUUGAUUAAAAAUUAUAUUUUGGCUAGAUCGGUUGCAAAAUUACCAUUCGAUAAGAAAUCGUCAGCUGCUUUAUUCGAUAAUAAACAAAAAGAUUUGAAAUUGGUAGCCAUCUUUGGUGGUCAAGGGAACACCGAUGACUACUUCCAAGAAUUAGUAGAAUUAUACGAUACUUAUCGUCCUUUGGUAGAUGAUAUAGUACAGUUUGCUGCUACUACUUUAAAUGAUCUUGUAAAAACUACAGAGGGGGCUAAAAAAUUAUAUACUCAGGAUUUCGAUCUAAUGCAAUGGUUAACAGAUCCUUCAAAGAUACCAGAUACAGACUAUUUGCUUUCAAUCCCAAUUUCUUGUCCUUUGAUCACUGUAAUUCAAUUGUCUCAUUAUGCAUUGACUGCAAGAUUGUUAGGUUUCACUCCAGGGGAAUUGAGAUCUCAUCUAUGUGGUUCAACAGGUCAUUCUCAAGGUUUGGCUAUUGCCCUAGCGAUCGCCGAGGCUGACUCCUGGGACGAUUUCUUUGACGUCAUGAAGAAGAGUAUCUCCUUGAUGUUCUUCAUCGGGGUCCGUUGUUUCCAAACUUAUCCAAAUACAUCUGUCCCACCUACAAUUGUCGAAGACUCAAAGGAACAUGGUGAGGGUAAUCCAUCUCCGAUGUUAUCAAUCACUAACUUGACUCAAGAUAUGGUUCAAGAUUAUGUCGAUAAGACUAAUUCUCAUUUACCAGAAGGCAAACAUAUCUAUAUCUCUUUGAUUAAUGGUGUGAGAAACUUUGUGGUUUCAGGUCCUCCACAAUCUUUAUACGGGUUGAAUUUGGCUUUAAGAGCCGCUAAGGCUACCGCUGGGGUCGAACAAGCUAGAAUCCCAUACAGUGAAAGAAAAUUAAAGAUUUCAAAUAGAUUCUUGCCUGUUGCAGCUCCUUUCCAUUGUAAAUUGAUGGUCCCAGCUCAUGGUAUGGUUGUUAAGGAUCUAAAGACCAGUGGAUUGAAUUAUAACUCCAAGGACAUUAAGAUUGCUGUCUAUGAUACUUACAGUGGUACUGAUUUAAGAGAUUGUACUGAAAACACUACAGAGAGAAUCGUUGAUUGUAUCAUUAGAUUGCCUGUCAUGUGGGUUACUUCCACUAAAUUUGAUGCUACUCACAUCCUGGAUUUCGGUCCAGGUGGUGCUUCUGGUCUUGGUAUAUUGACUCAUCGUAACAAAGAAGGUACUGGUGUUCGUAUUAUCAUUGCAGGUGCCCUGGGUAUCGAUGCUAAUGAUGAUUAUGGGUUCAAACAAGAAUUGUUCGAUACUACUGCUAAUGGUUUGAAGAGAAAUUUAAAUUGGUUAAAAGAAUUCCAUCCUACAUUGAUUAAAAAUAAGAAUGGGAAAAUCUUUGUUAACACUAAAUUCUCUAAAUUGUUAGGUAGAGCUCCUCUUUUGGUCCCAGGUAUGACUCCAACCACUGUUUCUCCAGAUUUUGUUGCCGCUACUAUCAAUGCAGGUUAUCAAAUCGAAUUAGCAGGUGGGGGUUAUUUUUCUCCAGAUGGUAUGACAAAGGCAAUGGAUGAUAUCAUUUCACAAAUUAAACCAGGUUCUAGUAUAUCCAUUAAUUUAAUCUAUGUUAACCCAAGAAUGUUACAAUGGGGUAUUCCAUUAAUUAGAGAAUUAAGAGCAAAGGGUUAUCCAAUCCAAGGUUUAACUAUUGGUGCAGGUGUUCCAUCCUUAGAGGUUGCUUCAGAAUAUAUUGAGACUCUUGGUCUAACUCAUUUGGGUUUGAAACCUGGUUCCAUCGAUGCUAUUAACCAAGUCAUCACUAUUGCUAAGGCUCAUCCAAAUUUCCCAAUUGUCUUACAAUGGACUGGUGGUAGAGGUGGUGGUCAUCAUUCUUUCGAGGAUUUCCAUGCUCCAAUUUUACAAAUGUACUCAAAGAUUAGAAAACAAUCCAAUAUUGUCCUAAUAGCUGGUUCUGGUUUUGGUUCUUCUGAAGAUACAUAUCCAUACUUAACUGGUGAAUGGUCUCGUGGAUUCCACUAUCCACCAAUGCCUUUCGAUGGUUUCCUAUUCGGUUCCAAGGUCAUGAUUGCAAAGGAAGCCAAGACUUCUCCAGCUGCUAAGCAAGCUAUUGUGGACUGUACUGGUGUCCCAGAUUCUCAAUGGGAAAACACUUAUAAGAAACCAACUGGUGGUAUUAUUACUGUCCGUUCAGAGAUGGGUGAACCAAUUCAUAAACUUGCCACAAGAUGUGUUAUGUUCUGGAAGGAAUUAGAUGACACGAUUUUCAACUUGCCAAAGGCUAAGUUACAACCAACCUUAGAUGCUAAGAAAGAUUACAUUAUCCAAAAAUUGAAUGCUGAUACUCAAAAACCAUGGUUUGCUACUAUCAAUGGUGAAAUUCGUGAUUUGACCUCUAUUACAUAUAAGGAAGUUGCAGAAAGGUUAGUUGAAUUAAUGUACAUCAAGUCUAGAAAAUCUUGGAUAGAUAUUACUCUAAGAAACUUUAUGGGUGAUUACUUACGUCGUGUUGAGGAACGUUUCUCUACUGUAAAGACUACAUCUUUGAUUCAAUCUUACUCUAUUCUAGAAGAACCUGAAAAGGCUGUUGAUAUUAUUUUCAGUGCAUUCCCGGAAGCUACUCAACAAUACAUGGAUGCUCAAGAUGUUGAUUACUUCUUAAAUAUGUGUCAAAACCCUAUUCAAAAACCGGUUCCAUUCGUUCCAGUUCUUGAUCACAGAUUAGAAUUUUUCUUUAAGAAGGAUUCUCUAUGGCAAUCCGAACAUUUGGAAGACGUUGUUGGUGGUGAUGUCCAAAGAACCUGUAUUUUACAUGGUCCUGUUGCUGCUCAAUUCACUAACAAAAUGGAUGAACCAAUCAAGAAUAUUAUGGAUGGUAUCCAUGACGGUCAUAUCAAACACUUAUUAGCCGAUUAUUAUAACAAUGAUCAAUCAUCUAUCCCAGUUAUUGAAUAUUUCGGUGGUGAAGAUCCAACUAUUGCCCCAUCUGCAUCGAAGGAUGUCACGUACAAGGUCGCUGCUAAUACCGAUAAUGAUUCUUGGUUUAAGUCUUUAGCAGGUCCAAAGAAGAACUGGAGAAACGCUUUCUUUUCUGCUCCAAUCUAUGUUCAAAACUCUGAAUACACUCAAAAUGCUGCUAAGAAGGUAUUUGAACCUAUUCCAAAUAUGGAGGUCAAUAUUUCUAACGCUGAUGACGCUUCAAAAUCCGUUAUUACAUUAUCUGAACUAGUUCAAGGUGAACAAAAAAUAACUGCAAUUUUGAAAUUAGUUAAAGAAGAUUUGAUCCAAAUGGAAUUAAUUGAAAACAGAACCAUGGAUGGUGAACCAGUCGCUUUACAACUAUUAUACAAUUAUAAUUCAGAUGAUGGUUUUGCUCCAAUUUCUGAAAUUAUGACAGGUCGUAACGAACGUAUCAAGAAGAUGUACUGGAAACUAUGGAUUGAUGAACCAUUUGAUUUGAAGUUCAACCCAAGAGAUGUCAUUAAGGGUACUGAUUUUACCAUCACUGCAGAAGAUAUAACUGAUUUCACUCGCGCUAUUGGUAACACAUGUGAAGAUUUCGUCCCAAGACCUGGUAGAAAGGUUCAAGCUCCAAUGGAUUUUGCUAUUGUUGUUGGCUGGAGAGCUAUUAUUAAAGCUAUUUUCCCAGAAACCGUUGAUGGUGAUUUAUUGAAGUUAGUCCAUUUAUCUAAUGGUUACAGAAUGAUUCCAGGUGCUUCUUUGCUACAAGAAGGUGACUUGAUCUCCACAACUGCGGUAAUUAAGUCAGUCGUUAACCAACCAACCGGUAAGGUUGUCGAAGUUAUUGGUACAUUAAGCAGAGAAGGUAAACCUGUUAUGGAAGUUACUUCCUCCUUCUUCUACAGAGGUAACUAUUCCGAUUUUGAAAACACAUUCCAAAAGGUUACGGAUCCAGUUUACGAAAUGCAUAUCAAAUCUCCAAAGGACAUAGCUGUUCUUCGUUCAAAGGAAUGGUUCCAAUUGGAUGAUGAAGACCGUGAUCUACUUGGUCAAACUUUAACUUUUGAAACUGAAACCCAAGUUACUUUCAAGAACGCUGAUGUUUUCGCUUCUGUUGAAUGUGUUGGUCCAAUUAAGAUGGAAUUACCAACCAAAGAAAUGAUUGAAAUUGGUGUUGUGGACUACCAAGCUGGUGAAUCUUAUGGUAACCCAGUCGUGGAUUUCUUGAAAAGAAACGCUUCCACUCUAGAAAGAAAGAUCAACCUAGAAAAUACAAUUCCAAUUGCUACCGUUGAAUCUCAAUCACCAAUCUCUAAUGAACCUUAUGGUAAGAUUUCUGGUGAUUUGAACCCAAUCCAUGUAUCCCGUCACUUUGCUAAGUAUGCAGAUCUUCCCGGUACAAUCACACAUGGUAUGUACUCUUCUGCCGCUAUUCGUGCUCAGAUUGAAAACUGGGCUGCAGACAGUGUCGCGUCCAGAGUUCGUGGUUACGAAUGCCAAUUUACUAGUAUGGUUCUACCAAAUACUCCUUUGAAAACUACAAUUCAACAUGUCGGUAUGAUUAAUGGUCGUAAAUUGAUUAACUUUGAAACAAAGAAUGACCAAGAUGUUGUUGUUUUGACUGGUGAAGCUGAAGUUGAACAGCCUAUCUCCACAUUUGUAUUCACCGGUCAAGGUUCCCAAGAACAAGGUAUGGGUAUGGACUUAUAUAACACGUCUGAGGUUGCUAAGAACGUCUGGGAUAGAGCUGAUGCUUACUUCAAAGAUACUUAUGGUUUCUCUAUUUUAGAGAUCGUUCAAAAGAAUCCAAAGGAACUAACUAUCUACUUUGGCGGUGAAAAGGGUAGAAAAAUAAGAGCUAACUAUAUUAAGAUGGUCUUCGAAACUAUUGUUGAUGGUGAAGCUAAAUCAGAAAAGAUUUUCAAAGAAAUUACUGAGGAUACCAACUCAUACACAUUUAAUUCACCAAGUGGUUUAUUAUCUGCUACUCAAUUUACUCAACCUGCUUUGACCCUAAUGGAAAAGGCUGCUUUUGAAGAUUUGAAAUCAAAGGGUUUAAUCCCAGCUGGUGCCGCUUUUGCUGGUCACUCCUUGGGUGAAUAUGCUGCUCUAGCUUCCUUAGCUGAUGUUAUGUCUAUUGAAUCUUUGGUUGAAGUUGUUUUCUACAGAGGUAUGACAAUGCAAGUCGCUGUUCCAAGAGAUGCACAAGGCAGAUCCAAUUAUGGUAUGAUUGCUAUCAACCCAGGUAGAGUUUCUGGUACAUUCACUCAAGAUGCCUUGCAAUUUGUUGUUGAAAAGGUUGCUACUAGAACUCAAUGGUUAUUGGAAAUUGUCAACUACAACGUUGAAAACCAACAAUAUGUUGCUGCUGGUGAUUUGAGAGCUUUGGAUACAUUGACUAAUACCUUGAAUUUCAUUAAGGUGCAAAAUAUUGAUAUUAUCAAACUACAAGAAACAAUGUCUCUAGAGGAUGUUGAGGCUCAUUUGUUCGAAAUUGUUGAUGAAAUUUCCAAGAAGUCUAUUGCUAAGCCUCAACCAAUUGAACUAGAAAGAGGAUUUGCUUGUAUUCCACUACGUGGUAUAUCAGUUCCAUUCCACUCUUCUUAUCUAAAAAACGGUGUUAAGCCAUUUAAGAAUUUCAUGAAGGGUUGUAUUCUAAAGGAAAAUGUCAAGGCUGAUAGAUUGAUCGGUAAGUAUAUUCCAAACUUGACUGCUAAACCAUUUGAAAUUACUAAGGAAUACUUCCAAAACGUUUAUGACCUAACCGGUUCCGAAAAGAUCAAGCAGGUCCUGGACAACUGGGAACAAUACGAAGAAUAG